AUCCGCCCAUCGGGGCACGAUGCUGCGGCGGCGCUGCGGUCGGCUGCUGGCCCAGCUGGAGCGGGCACGGCAGCUGCUGGAGCUGGACGGACACCUGGAGGAAGACUUCAUCCGCGUUGUGCGCGGCUUUGAGGCGACACGCCAGCGGUGCUGCUGGCUGGAGAAGGACAGGAAGCGUGCCCAGGAGCAUCUGGCCCGUGCUGAGGCUGAGCGAGCGGCGCUGGAGGUGAAGCUGAAGCACGCCCGCAACCAGGUGGAGGUGGAGAUGAAGAAGCGGCACCGCGCAGAGGCUGAGCUGGAGAAACAGGAGCGCAGGCUGCAGCUGGUGCUUGAGCUGCUGAUGCAGGAGCCGUGGAGCAGUGAAGAGCAGUUCUCUGUUCUCAGUGCCCUGGCUGGAUGGCGUCUGGGGACAGCCCUGGCAGCAGGCAGGAGGUCGUCUGCUGUGGAUGAGUCACAGUGCCAGUCCCUCCUGUCCCACUCAGACAUCAGUUAUGACCGCACUGAGGAUGAUGUGGAUGUUGAUCUGAUGGUCGUGCGGGCUCUGAAGCGCAAGGCCCAGGAGAGACAGCGCCUGUCCUUGGCCCCUCAGGUUGGCCCUGUGGUUGUGGCAAAGCGGCACCGUUCUUCUGUGGCACCCUCCAGCAUUGAGACCAUCCCCCCUGUGCCCCAUCCUGCUGAGGUUCUGGAGUCUGCCCGCAGCCCCCCUCCUCCUGUGCUGGUGCCACGCCGCUGCUCGCGCCAGGGACACCGCAUCUCCACGCAUGCAGAGCUGACCACAGUGUGGGGCACCAGCAAGGAUCGGGGUGGCCGUGCAUCGGCACAGGAGAGCCACGCUGAGGGCAGCUCUGCGGGGCAGCCAGCGCCGGGCCCCCCUCACUCCCCUCCGCCCGACCUCCCGUCCCCCCAGCACCACUUCUCCUCCAAAAUGGUCAUCCGCCCGGAGCCCUGCGGUGCCUGUAGCUCCCGCCUGCGCUUCGGGAGGGCUGCGCUCAGGUUCCGCAUCCCCUGCCAGGCGGAUCCGUAA